UGUCGGGUAAGCCCUGCUUUCCCCCUUUAACCCUUUACUCUCGGCUUUCCUGAGGCCACGAGAGGCCCGCAAGGCAGACGGGGACCUGGGACUGGAAAGCCAGGCAGCCAGGCUUGGAGUGUGUUUAAGACCCUGUCAUCAGCGGUAUGAAACUCUAAUGACGCGAGGACUGAAAUUUAGGACCAUAUUUAGCGACAUAUUUAGGCACUGGUGAUCUGGGGUAAAAAAAAAAAAAAAAAAAAAAAAGCAAAAAAAACCCUAACACCUUGUGGUGGGGACGUAAAAAGCCCGGCCGAGUGAAUUCAGGGCAUUAUGGGCGCUCAGGAAAUGGAGACCGUGAGGAUAAAUUACCUUCCGUUUGUUUUUGUGGUCAAUUUCCUUUGUGGUCAGCUUGUCUAAUAUGAAUUGUGGCAGCAUUUGUCUUGAAUGCCUUUUAUACUCAAACUUUUAGUUGAUUCUUAUGCAAAUAGCCUAUAACUAGAUUUAAAAAUUCAGUUCGACAUUAUUUAACUUGAGAGUUAGUCCAUUAAUAGUUAUUGUAGUUACUAACAUUUUGCAUUGAUUUUUACUACCUUAUUUGGUUCCUUUUAUUUAUCCGCUCAUAGGACAUAGGUGCAAAGAAAAACCCACAAACGCAUGAAAACACAUACAAUUAAAAGGACAACAAUAAAGCAAAUCCACAAAUCAGUCCAAGAAAAUAUUAUGAAACCUCAGAAACCUGUGUGCUCCUAAAUUGCAACCUCCUCUUCUCCCAAGAUUCUCUUUUUGGAUUUUACUGUUUAUAAGUUCUUCCCAAAAAUGUAUUUCCUAAUUUGAGUAAUUAUUUUUUACUAGACUCACAAUCUAAAGUACUUUCAGAUACAUCCUUUUUCCUAUAUUUGUGCAGCUGCAGAUUCUAAUUUAGAGAUUUCUAAAUAUCUUAUAGGUGACUUUUGUACACAUACCCAUUCUUUUUGAGGUACCUUAUGGCUUAAAUUUUAUUUUAUUUUUUCAAAAUAUUUUUAUUGAUUGAUUUUUAAAGAGAGGAAGAGAGAGAGAAACAUUGAAUUACUGUUCUACUUAUUUAUGCAUUCAUUGGUGUUUCUUGUUAUGUGCCUGACCAGCAAUGGAACCCACAACCUUGGUUUUAUUGGGACUGUACUAACCAACUACCCAGCCAGGGCCUUACUAAAUUUUAGAGUCAGUUUACAAAGUUCCACCUACUGGGGUUUUGUUUUCAGGUUGUGUUGAAUAUUAAUUUUGAGAAUAUUGACAUUAUUAUGCCAUUGAAUCUUAUGAUUAAUCAAAUUAUGUACAUUUACAUCUUCUAUAAUGCCUUUUAAUAAGGUUUUAUAAGUACUAACAAAAAGGAUUUUGGGGGGUUUUUUGUUAGAUUUAUUCCUGGGAGCGUGUGCAUGCACUUUAAAAUUAAUUUUUUUCCAAAGCUUUGUAUAUUGAAUUUAAGUUCUGCAGGGUUACUGAAGUAUAUAAUUCUCUUAAUUUUCAUGUAGUGUUUUGGAUGUUUUUGUCUGUAUAGAAUGAAUAAGUAAAUAUUUAUAUAUUUUUUUUGCUUAGUACACGAUUUACUUUUUUUGCUGGAAUAGCUGAGGACAGCUGGGGACUUCUGAUAGCACUGAAUGGAAUUUGGAUAGGAGAUGCCUGCUCAAAGAGUCCCAUGAGAGCAAGAGAGUAGCAUUCUGAUGCCAGUGCUCUGUUGUUCUUCAAAUUUAUUAUCAUUCUCACAGGAUGGCAGCUGUUGAUCUCUCUCCCACAUGUGCUAUAUCCACCCAGGACCCUGCCCAUAUCCAGGAGUCAGAAAUUCCUCUUGCUUCAAAAGGCCAUUCUUGUCACCAGGAUGUGGACCUAUUUGCUUGUAAUGACCUGGAGCCUCAUAUGCCAACUAAUGCUGGCACCCAGGACUCAGUGACUUUCCAGGAUGUUGCAGUGGACUUUACUGAGAAGGAGUGGCCCUUGCUGGAUUCUUCUCAGAGAAAACUAUACAAAGAUGUGAUGUUGGAGAAUUAUAGCAACCUUGCCUCAGUGGGGUGUCAGGUGGGGAAACCCAGCCUCAUCUUCCACUUGGAGCAAGAAGAGGAGCUGAGAACAGAGGAGAGGGGACUUCCCCAAGGCACAUAUCCCGAUUGGGAGAUUCCAUCUAAAACUAAAUGGUCCAUUCUCAUGGAAGAUAUUUUUGGGAAGGAAACAUCCAGUGGUGUGACAGUGGAAAGAACUCAUCUUGGAGAGAAAUCCACUGAAUAUGCUCACCUGUUUGAAGUCUUCAGCAUGGGGGCUCAUCUUACUCAGCAAAUCACUGGCAAGAGGCCCUAUCACCACCAAGACUAUGGGGUAGUUUUCAAAAACAGGCCACAUCUAACCCAACAUGUGAGCAUUUACAGUGGGAGAAAAAUGCAUGAAUGUAAUCAGUGCCAAAAAACCUUCACCACGAGUGCUUCCCUUACACGACACAGGAGAAUUCACACUGGGGAGAAACCCUAUGAAUGCAAUGUCUGUGGGAAAGCUUUCAAUGAUCCCUCAGCCCUUAGGAGUCAUGGGAGAACUCACCUCACAGAGAAGCCCUAUGACUGUAGUCAGUGUGGAAAUGCCUUCCGGACCCUCUCCUCCCUGAAGAUACACAUGAGAGUUCACACUGGGGAGCGACCUUACAAGUGUGAUGAAUGUGGGAAGGCAUAUGGCAGGAGCUGCCACCUUAUUGCACACAAAAGAACACACACUGGAGAGAGACCCUAUGAAUGUCAAGACUGUGGGAAAGCUUUCCAGCAUCCCUCACAUCUCAAAGAGCAUGUCAGGAAUCACACUGGAGAGAAACCCUAUGAAUGCACACAGUGUGGAAAAGCCUUUCGAUGGAAGUCUAACUUUAAUUUGCACAAGAAGAACCACAUGGUAGAGAAAACAUAUGAAUGUAAAGAAUGUGGGAAGUCCUUUGGUGAUCUCUUAUCACGGAGAAAACACAUGCGAAUUCAUAUUGUAAAGAAACCUGUUGAAUGUAGGCAGUGUGGGAAAGCAUUCAGAAACCAGUCCAUCCUUAAGACACACAUGAAUUCUCACACUGGAGAGAAACCAUACGGAUGCGAUCUGUGUGGGAAAGCCUUCAGUGCAAGCUCAAACCUAACUGCACACAGGAAAAUACACACUCAAGAGAGACGCUAUGAAUGUGCUGCCUGUGGGAAAGUCUUCAGCGAUUACUUAUCCCGGAGGAGGCACAUGAGCAUUCAUCUUGUAAAGAAACGUGUCGAAUGUAGACAGUGUGGGAAAACCUUCAGAAACCAGUCAACUCUUAAGACACACAUGAGAAGUCACACAGGAGAGAAGCCGUACGAGUGUGAUCACUGUGGAAAAGCCUUCAGCAUAGGCUCAAACCUUAAUGUUCACAGGAGAAUACACACUGGGGAGAAACCCUAUGAAUGCUUGGCCUGUGGGAAGGCCUUCAGUGAUCAUUCAUCUCUUCGAAGUCAUGUCAAAACUCACCGGGGAGAGAAACUCAUAGUGUCAUCAGUGUGGAAGAGGCUCCAGUGACACACCUUCUUUAAGAAACAUGAAAGCUCAGACUGAAAGGAAACUUUACAAGCGUCAAGAAGGCAGGAAAGUCUUUAUGAAUUCAUCUUACUGAGCACAAGGAAAUACAUAUAACUUGGGAGAAAUAUAGUUUGUGUAAUAACUGGAAAAACUUGAGUUCUUAUCACUUUAGAGAUUUGUGAGAGUUAAUGCUGGGGGAGAAAAUGUGUGUCUGUGGUGUGGAAAAGCCAUCAGUGUAUAUUUAACUCUUAACAAACAUGACAACUUAGGAAGAGAAACCCUAGCCUAGUAUUUAAUGUUGAAAUGACUAUAGAACCACCUGGCACCUUCUGGGCACAUGAGUAAGCACACUAGGGAAAAUCUGUAAAUCCAACACUAGGCAAACAAUUGUUGGUCGUCUUGUAUUCCUCAUAAGAGAACACAAAAGAGAAACAUAUAAAGUAAGAAACAUGGAAAAGUUAGUAAUAGGUCAUCAAACUAAGCCAGCUGUCUGUUUUUGUACAGUUCUCAAGCUAAGAAUAGUUUACAUUUUUAAGGAGGAAGAAUAUGUGACAGAGACUGUGUGUGGCCCACAAAGUCUAAAAUACUUGCUGUCUGGCCCUUUACGGAAAAAAAUUGCCAACCCCUGUUGCAGAGCAGUGUUUCUUAAUGGGGUGGUUUUGCUCCCCAGGAGACAUUUGGCAAUUUCUGAAGACAUUUUUGGUUGUUACAACUGGGGAAUGUGUUACCGACAUGUAGUUGGAAGACAUCAAGGAUGCUGCUAAAUAGCCUACAAUGCAGAGGAGCCUCCCAGAAUAAAGACUUAUAUGCCCCAAAAUGUUAAUAUUGCUGAGAUUGAGAAACCUUGGCCUAGAACAACUUAAUUUUUAUGAAACUUGAGUAUUCAUGAUAGGAGAAUUUCUAUUUAAAACUUCAAAAAUAUAAUCAGUAUAAUUCUUUCAGGAAACCUAUAAGAACCCACACAAUCCCUAUGUGGAGAUGAUUUCAGCCAUAGCCCCCUCACUUGUGCUUAUGAGAAUUCACUCACACCCCAAAGGAAUUUUCUAGAGAAUGUGAAAUUGUAUUUGAUAUCUUUCAUCGUGAAAACAGACCCUAGCUCAUAGAUCUUUAUUCUUUGCUUUAAGGUUAUUCUCUAAAUGGCUCAGGCCACAUCACAAAAGGUUUGUAUGUAGUAUUUUUAUUAUUAUUUCAUUCUUAAUGUUUUAACUUCCUUUUGGAUCACUUACUUGACCAAUAGACUCUUUAGAAUCUUACGUAAUGUGUAACAUGGUUAUUUUUAGUGCCUGUUUGUUAUGAGUAUCUAAAUCAAAUGCAUUGUGACCAGACCAUGGUGUCAUCUUCAGAUGUGCCCUUUGGGAUGUUUGAGCCAACAGUGGCAUAUACUUCUAGUUGCUUCCCUAGUAUCUCAUCUUCCACAUCAAGAAAACUCAAUUUUUGUCAGAUUAGUAAGGUGUACUAUUUUUAAAAUCUCUUACAAGUUUCCUUACAACUAGUACAGUCCAUGUUCCACAGCCAGUCCAUUAACAAAUAAGCAGAUGUUACUGCGUGGUCUCUGAGAAGACUCUUGAAAAGGGCCAUUUUUCUCCACAUGUUUUGUUUUUUUGCUCUUCCCCCUACUUCUCACCUGGCAAGGAGAUCCAGUACCUAGUGUUAAAAGAUCCAUCUUGUGACCGUGAGGAUGCAAGGCACAGGCUAAGGAGGAUCCUGCAGGAAAUUCACAAACAAUUCUGGCCUCCCCAGUGGCUUCUUUGAGUUUCUAUACUAGCCCUGAAUUUGUUAUUUCCAGACUUCCUGUUACAUGAAAAAAUAAAACUGAUUAUUGGUUUAA